AUGGCGUCGUCGUCGGAUGGGCAGGGCAGGCGCGUCAAGCCCGUUCGCGCCGCCACCAGCAUCGGCGUCGGUGCUCUGCCCCUGGACACCCUGUACGACAUCCUGCUCCGCCUCCCGGCCAAGGAACUCUGCCGCCUCCGCCUGGUCUGUCGGUCAUGGCGCGCCCUGCUCUCCGACCCAGCGUUCGCCGCCGCCCACGCAGCACGCUACCCUGAGCCACUCAUCCUCGUCGGCCACAACAACAAUCCUUUACUAGAUUCAGAAAACGGUGACUGGAAAUACCAAGGCGUCAUCAGCGUUAUGGAUCUGUCCGGGCACGUAGUCAAGAAACUGCGUGUGGACGGUCACAUCACGAGCAUGUCGCUCCACCUCGCCUGCGUCAAGAAGACCGGGGACGGCAGCUGCCGGCUGGUGAACCCAGCCACCGGAGCCGUGCACCACGUGCCCAGAGAGGAUCCGGUUUAUGGCUACAGCGACAGAUUGUGCCCGUUUGGGCAGGUUGCCAGCACGAGAGAGUACAAGGUGCUUCGAAAGGUUUCGUAUUCGCUCAAUGGCAACUCUCGUGUUCUCUAUGAGAUCUGCACCAUUGUCGGCAGGAGCAGUGCCGUUCAUGGUCAGGCGCAGUGGAGGAUGAUUCAGGAUCCUCCAUGCUGUAUUGAUAUUGAUUGGUGCGCCAAGGCCAGUGUGGUCAUCGAUGGAGUUGUCUACUUCCUAAGCAAGAAUGCAUAUUCUGCUGGUGGUUCUGAGCAGGAUUGGAUAGCGUCAUUUGACCUUGAGACAGAGAGGUGGAGACCAAAUAUCAGGGGACCCCAAGGCCUUAUCAUCUACAAUGGACUGGUUGUUGACAAGAAGCUUUCAUUAGUCAACCUAAAUGGCUCACUGGUUAUUGUUCAUCUCCCGUAUCUCUGUAUGGACCUUUGGUAUCUGUUCGACUCCGACAAGGGCCUCUGGGUCAGGCAAUACAGCAUUCCGAUCAAAGAGUACUACCACCGCAGUAUUUCCAGUUCCUUUACUCCCUUGAUUGUGUUAGACGAUGGGAGGAUAGUGAUACAUAUCGAUGGGUUGGGAUUGGGAAUGUUGAAGAUUUAUGACCCAAAAACAACAAGUUGUCGAGCGUUGCGGAGACGGGUCUCAGCAGUGCAGUUAGUGUGUACACAGGAGGAACCUUGUUGA